UGAGCGACACGAGGCCGGACUUCGGUCUCUGCUUCCGGGUCUCUGCUCGACACGCGUGCGGCCAAAAACACUCAGAGAGCCGCGAGAGGAGGACGGAGUUCUGCUGGUUGUGUGGAGACGGUCGGAGAGUCUGAUCCAAGAUGGGGCCGCCUCGGUCCAAGAAGCGCCGGCCGACGUUCCGCCGCCUGCUGAAGACCAGCGGCGUGAAGCUGGAGAACAAGCUGAAGAACCGGCAGAUGAAGCAGCAGAACGUCGCCAAGAAGCAGCGCAAAGAGCAGAAGAGGCUGCGACAGGCGGUGAAGGGCGUGGCCUCAGACAUGCCCCGCCCCCUGGAGACCUACCGCAGCCCACCAGGUGAGGAGGAGGAGGAGGAGUUUCUGGAGUCGCUGCCCACAGACAUGAUGGAGGACGACGACCUGCAGCAGAUGACCUCAUUGGCCCAACGAGCCUCCUUCAUCACCAGAGAUCUGUCGUCAUGCGGGCCGGUGCACGGCGGUAAGAAGCGCAGCUCGGAGGUGGUUCGUAGCUAUGAGAAGGUUCCCAGAAAGAUGGCGAGAACGGAGGAGAAGGAGGUGAUCCACCUGCUGCCCAUCAAAGACAAGACAGGACUGAUCCCUCAGAGCAUCGAGAGAGUUGUAGAAAAGAAGCCAGAAGAUGAAGACGAAGAAGAAGUUGCAGCUGAACCGGACGAGUCAGACAACGAGGUGGCGCUGCCUCAGCUGACUCCGGCUCAGAUAGAGCGGCUCAGAGUGGAGAAGAUCAACCAGAAGAAGAUGACCAUCGGCAGCCUGGGAUCAGCCAUUGUGUCCGACCCCAUCAGCAGCGUGAAGCGGCUGAAGGAGCUGAGGGGGAUGCUGAUGGAGGCCGACCCCAGCGUGGCGGUGACCGUCAGGAAGCUGGUGAUGGUUUCUCUUAUGGAGAUCUUCAAAGACAUCGUUCCCACCUACAGGAUCCGACCGCUGACCGCCGCAGAGAAAACCGCCAAGGUAAAGAAGGAAACUCGGCAGCUGCGGGAGUUUGAGGAAGGCUUGGUGAGUCAGUACAAGUUCUACCUGGAGGACCUGGAGCAGACCAUCAAAGACUGGAAGCAGAAGAAGAAGAAGCGCAGCCAGGCGGUGGGCUUCGAGUCGUACCGAGGCCUGGCUGAGGUGGCCGUCCGCUGCCUCUGUGAGCUGCUGCUCGCUCUGCCGCACUUCAACUUCCACAACAACAUCAUCGUGGUGCUGGUUCCUCUGAUGACCGACCCGGACAAGAAGGUGUCGGCUAUGUGCUGUGAUGCGUUCAGGAAGCUCUUCCAGCAGGACAAAGUGGGUGGGGCCUCGCUGGCCACCGUGCGCGUCAUCUCCGGCCUCGUGAAGAGCCUCAACUACAACGUCAAGCCCGAGGUGCUGCGGACGCUGCUCAGUCUGAGGAUCAAGGAGGUGGAGAUGAAGAAGGACCUGGAGGCCACGGCACCAAAGAAGAAGUUCAUGAACAACAAGGAGAAGAAGAAGAACCUGUCCAGGAUGCAGAGGAAGUGGCAGAAGGCUGAGGAAAAGCUCCAGAAGGAGCUGCUGGAGGCUGAAGCCUCAGAGAGCAAAGAGAAGAAAAUUAAACUGCACACAGAGACGCUGAACAUCGUCUUCCUCGUCUACUUCAGGAUUUUGAAGAAAGCUCAGAAAUCAGUUCUUCUUCCUGCAGUUCUGGAGGGGCUGGCAAAUUUUGCUCAUCUCAUUAACUUGGAGUUUUUUGACGACCUGCUCAACGUGCUGCAGAAUCUCAUCCAAUCAGGAGAUCUGACCAAUCAGGAGAGUCUGCACUGCAUCCAGACCGUCUUCACCAUCCUGUCAGGACAAGGUGACGUCCUGAACAUUGACCCUCUGAACUUCUACUCCCAGCUGUACCAGAUGUUGCCCCGCCUCCACGCAGGGGCGCCCAGUGAUGAUGUCAUCAUCCUGCUGCGGUGCCUGGAUGCCAUGCUGACUCGCCGCAGGAAGCAGGUGAGCCUGCAGAGGGCGAUGGCGUUCAUCAAGAGACUGAGCAUGCUCAGUCUCCACGUCCUGCCCAACGCCAGCGUGGGAAUCCUGGCCGCCAGCAGGGCCGCCAUGCACUCCUUCCCUAAGUGUGACUUCCUCUUGGAUAAUGAGGUCCAGGGCAGCGGGUUCUACCUGCCGGAGCUCGACCAACCAGAGCACUGCAACGCCCAGAACACAGCGCUGUGGGAGCUACACACACUGCAGAGACACUACCACCCAAUUGUGCGUCGGUUUGCCGUUCAUCUGAGUCUCGGAGCUCCAAGUGACGGUUCUGCAGCUCUGAGUGUGGAUCUGAGCCGGAGGUCUCCGGUAGAACUGUUCCAUGACUACAGUGUCAGAGACAUGACCUUUAACCCACCUGUAGCUCCGCCCACCUCCAAGAAGAAGGAACACCUGGUGGGAACGUCGCUGCUGGACGCUGAGCUCCAGAGACGAGUGGAUGACGUUCUAAACGCCGCCGAGGACUCACAGCUGGACUUCACACAAACACACAGAACCACACACUGAGGUUCUGCUGAUGUUCUGAUGGACUUUAAAUGACUUCAUGUUCUGUUGACGUUUCGGGUUCUUUAUUAACCGAAUAUUUUUUAUUAAAGUUUGUAUGUUUUCAGAACGUUCCGGUUCUCUUGUAGUAGAACCUGAAUGUUCAGUGAAGGAACUAAAAAUAAAAACAUCCUGAAUGUGUUAAAGCUG